AUGGACAAAUUGUCACCUCGUGCUCAAACAGUGAACUCUCCUAAAUCCACUGUCAACUGAAAAUCAGAAAACUUUUUAGACGCCAACUUUACAAGCUUUAAUUCAAAAUUUAAUGUUGAAAAAAUCUCUGCAAGGCUUGCGCUUUUCUCCCCUUCACGAAGACAUUUGAUUAAGAUUACGAUGUUAUACGACCAUAAGCGGAGUUAGCCACUGGCCACUUGCCUUCUCUCAGCUCUAAAUAGCCUUAAACUUAAACUUGAUUAAGAUUAUAAGAGAAGCUCCCUGUAGGCCUGCCUAGUAGGCAGUAUUCGUCUUCAGAUCACUUGCUUGCCAGUCCGAGUUCGGUCUCUCACUGUAUUGCCCCCUCAAAAACGAGGCUUGUACUUAAUACCUGUGAGUAAGAGGCGCUAGGUCACUUUAACUGGAUUUGCCUUCCAGAGAAUUCAAAAAACCAGUUCUGGGAUGGAAACUUGCAGCCUAGGACACAACACCUAAUAUAGUGUUAGGAAAAAUCCCCUAUUGGCCAGAGUAGCAUCAUUGGUGUUGCUGGGAUAUCCCAUUCUAACUCCGACUCUCAUUUUUCUCAAAGGCAAAACCUUGAUCUGGAUGUGAUCUGCAAUGGCUUAGUCUGACAUUGCUCUCUACUAAACCAAGUAAAACCUGGCGGAUACACAUUAAUGAAGCUUCCUCCAUUCCACAAGGUCCCUGGGCCGCACCAGCUACAGAUUUAAAAGGGUGGGUUGGUUCGACAUAUCAUUUAAUGUGUGGCUUUAAAAAGCCAGACUCCAUAGACCUCAGAUCGAAUAAGAAAAAAUGGAAGCAGCUUUUGGAUUUCCGACCUGAAGCAACUGUCUAAGGAAUUAGCUCCCAAGAGCAGAGCCAAAGCUUCUCUAAACCCGAAGACCUUACUUAAAAGUGACAGAGACACUUCAUUGGGAUACGCCACUGAGUCCUAUUUCCUACAACGUCACCAUUUUAUGUCUGAGGACAUUUAGGGUUUGCAAAAGUAGACAAGCUUGAAAAAAAUGCUGUAGCUAACCUAGACCAAUGAGAAUACUCUCGAAAAGGCGAUAAUUAUUUACUGUCUCUAGUAGAGGCACAAGAAAGUUUAAAAAGAAAGCUCGAUCAUAGCGACGUUGUGGAGUUACAAUUAUGCGCAAGACGGGGAAAAGAUCCAGUCCAAAGCAGACCAACCACGCAGCAAACCUCAAAUCUGCACGAAUUUAGACAGAGUAAAAGAGUUGAAGAAGAACAGUUUAAAGAAAGAUGCAAAUAUUACAGGAGCUAUGAAGAAGAGCUUGAUCAUCUUUGCAAUGACCUUGAUAAUCAGCUGAAAACAUGUAACGAAAAAAGAGAAACUUAUAGAAAAGAAUGUUCAGAAAUGCGAGAAGAAAUGAAAACAGCCAUGGAAGAUCUGAAAAAUUGGAAAAAAGAAAUCGCUGAAGCCGAGAAAAAAGAAAAAAUGAAAAUGAGAAGAAGACAGAUGGAAAUGGCACAGUUUUUGUCAAAAAAGCAAAAUUUAAGAGAAGACACAAUUAGAAGAGAAUCAGAAACCACUGUUAUUUUGGAAUCAAUAACUGUAGAAAUUUCGAAAAGAAUGAAAUGGCUGACUGAUUUAGAUGAACAAUCGACUGAUUUAAGAAGAAAAUUAUUGCAAAUUAAAAAUGAGCAGAUAAAGCAUUAUUCUGAUCUUUUGAGAGAAGGAAAAGAUACUAGAAGUGAAGGGCUGCAAUGAAUAGUCAAAAUUCUUUGAAAAUUGCAAUGUAAAUUAUCAAUUGAAAACUUUCCUGCAUUUCUAGAUGAAGCAGCUGUUAAAUUUGUCAUUCAGCAAGCUGAAAAGAGCCAAGAAAUCGAUAAUUUGUUAGAGUCAUUGAUUAAUUAUACUGGAAAAAGAAUAACCCUUCAGAGGGCUUCUUCAAAUGAUAGAUGAAAUAAUGUAUACUAGGCAAGACUCAAUUUAAUAUAAAUAGUUUUUAUAAUAUAUAUUAAGAACUCUUACCAGCGAAUACAAUUCAUUAACAUAUAAAAGAUCGUCUGGCAAAAAUAACCCAAAAUAUCCGAAUCAAAAAACCUGAAUAUAAAGUUGACAGGAAAACCAGACAAGUUAACAUCAUUUGAGAAAAUUAUGAUUCUGGCCUGGUUUCAACCAAAAGUCUUAACUCGACCACAAAUUUUGGCGAAGUGCUAAUCCUUCAACAGAAUAUUUCAAAAUUAAAAGAAGAGUAUCAGAAAGUGCAAGAAGUGGAAAUAAAAAGAUUGACGCAUGAAUGCAGCGUAAAUAACUACGAAUCUCGAUACAGGACAACUUUGAAAGAACUACUGUCAGCCAUAAUUGGAAUUGAAUGUGUAGAUAAGUAUAUGGUUUUGGUAAUGAAAGAGCAAAGAGAUAUUAUUACCAGUGUCCAAAACACGAAAACUUUUAAAUUUAGCUCAAAAGAUAGCUUACGACUGAAUUUGUCAAAGUAA